CCAACAAACUCCUCCUCCCCUCACCUGCAUUGGUGGUCUUGUCUCCCUCCGCAGGAGAGAGAGUAAGAGAGAGAGAGAGAGUGAGGUCGAGCGCGGCGGAGCGGCGGCGGCGGCGGCGGAUAAGAGGGAGGAGCGAGAGCGAUAAUGGGAAGAUCCGCGUCCUGUCUGAAAAUCAUUACGUGCGGGAGCGAUUCGGCUGACCAAGACGAUCUCGAAGCUUCCGAGAUAAAGGGUGACAAAAAGGGCUGGAGUUUCCGGAAAAGAUCUGCCCGUCAUAGAGUGCUUAGCAAUAGCGCGAUAUCUGAAACUUCGGCUCCUGCAACUAAAGAGAUCCCUGAAUCUGCUGAUGAUAACUUCAAAACAGCAACUGAUUCCGAUGUUCCCGAGAAAGUCUCGGCGAUUCGGUGCGCUGAUGAGAAGCCACAGCUGUCAGCUCCUGUGGAUGCAAAAGUAUCCGAAGCUGUAGUUGCAACCAAGCCCGAAACUGUUGACGUAUUCAAUGUGGAUGAAGCUAUCGUUAUUUUCAUCCAAGCCAGUAUAAGGGGUUUCCUGGCUCACAAAGCACUCUUAAAGCUGAAGAGUGUCAUCAAGUUGCAAUCUGCUGUGCGUGGACACCUGGUCAGGAGUCAUGCUGUGGGAACUCUGCGAUGCGUCCAGGCCAUUGUCAAAAUGCAAGCUCUGGUUCGUGCUCGCCGUGCACGGCAACUAACACAAGGGACAAUUGCAGAAAAUAAUGCAGAUGUGAAGCAUAAGAGGGAUGGCAUCAAUUUAAGGGCCAUGGAGAUGGAGAAUGCAAAUAAACCAACUGUAGCUUACAUUUCCAUUGAGAAGCUGCUCGGCAAUAAAUUUGCCAGACAGCUCUUGGACUCGACACCGAAGGAGAAGCCUAUCAAUAUCAAGUGUGACAUUUCCAAAUCUGAUUCCACAUGGCAAUGGCUGGAGAGGUGGAUGUCAGCUUCAUCAGCUGAACCAUCACCGAUUGUUGGGUUGAUGACUGAGCAGCAGGAAAGUAAGAAGAAUGAACCAUCACCGAUUGUUGGGUUGAUGACUGAGCAGCAGGAAAGUAAGAAGAAUGAACCAUCACCGAUUGUUGGGUUGAUGACUGAGCAGCAGGAAAGUAAGAAGAAUGAACCAUCACCGAUUAUUGGGUUGAUGACUGAGCAGCAGGAAAGUAAGAAGAAUGAGAAACUGAUACAAGCAAAUUCGGAGGGCUCAUCUGAAGUUCUUUGUAGAUCAACAGAUUCUGUAUCGGCCUGUAAGGACAUAUCAGCACCAGCUGAAAAUGAAGAUAAUCUGGUCCUCCCUGACGAAGCCAAAUCAAAAAUUGAGGGAUGCAACGUGAUACCUUCUGCAGCGGAGGAGCACAUGGAGCGGUCUGAGCCUGAGAAAUUUGAAACAUUUGACGCAAACGAGAGCUCAACAGAGAGAGAAUCUACUCCGCCUCUGAUAUGUGAUAGCUCUAAAACGGAGCCCGACUCUCUUUCCAAUGAGAUUGAAGUGGAAAUCGAACAGCCAAAACAUUCGGGGAAGAGGUUUGCCCCAGAUCAGCUGGAGACUUUGGGGAAGAAACCGGCAUUUGGAUCCAGAAAGGCUAGUAAUCCAUCUUUUAUUGCCGCUCAGUCCAAAUUUGAAGAAAUUAAUUCAACUGUCAACUCGAAUGGAUCAAUAAAUACAUCUAACCAAGAUGUCGAAGCCGAUUCAAAUGGAGUGCCGGUUUCAUCAGGAGACACUACCACUGGGGAGAAGGCAUUUGGCCCAGAAGACAAUGUGGCUCCAAAUCACGCUAGAGUUCAGGUUGGUGGCUCUGAAUGCGACACAGAGCUUUCAAUUACUUCCACUCUCGAUUCUCCAGACAGAUACGAUGAUGGAAAUGCAGACAGAGUGAAUCAAGCCAAAGUUACUGAGGAAAGAUCCUGCAGUCCCGACAAUGUGAAAAAUGAACUAUGUGAAGUUAAGGAAUCAACUGCUGUCCAGCUGUCAACAUUGUCUGAUUCUGCUUCUGAUCAUCCAGAGAAGCGUGACGAUGUCAUCAGUGAACCUGUCACUUCAAUUGUGGCCAUGGAACCCCACCAGGAUGAACUGAAUCUUGAUAGAAGCACAUCGGAUGUGCUGGGAGAAAUUGAUUCCAAAACAAUUCAAAAAGCUUACAGGUCUUCACCAGAAGCGUCUCCCAGGAGCCAUAUAACCAUUCCUGAGUCACAAGGAACGCCAGCUAGUCAGGUCUCUGUGAACACUAAAGGGAGUAGAACAGAUAAAACCAGGUCCUCAAACAAGCGCAAAUCCUUGUCAGCAGGCAAGAGAUCACUAUCAAACACGUAUCAGGACUCCGGUACGGGCUCUCCAAAACAAUUGCCUAAAGAUCAGAAAAAUGGGAAAAGGCGCAGUUCAAUUGGAUCAGCGAGACCAGAUAAUGAGCAAGAACCACGAGACAGUAGCAGCAGUAACUCUAUCCCUCAUUUCAUGCAAGCCACAGAAUCUGCUAGGGCUAAGGUGAAUUCAAACAACUCUCCGAGAUCGAGUCCUGAUGUACAUGAUAGAGAGAUCUACGUUAAAAAGAGGCACUCUUUACCGGGCUCGAACGACAGGCAGGGAUCCCCACGAAUUCAGCGGUCAACAUCUCAAGCGCAACAGGGUGCAAAAGCUAAUGGGACUCAAACGCAAGAGAGAAAAUGGCUCAGGUGAAGAAGAGCUCACAGCUUAUUGGCUUGCAGUGGCUAACCAGUCAUAGAUGCCGUCUGGAGAAUAACACCUGUCAAUCGCGUAGCUUCAUGCUUGCUUCAUAUGCUUUCGAUGUUUGGUUUCAAGGUUUGCCUGGAAGAGAAUAUAUAUAGAACUGGAGGGAAUUUUUUUCGUUUUCCUUUGUACCUUUCUGCUGAUGUUUGUUAAUUUUCUGCGACGGCUUCACCAGGGAUGUGCGCUUGUAUCUUAAAAACAUUAAUUGUGUGCGAUAUGAAAUCCGAUGUUAAAAGUUUCAUGUU